UGUGUGAUAUGAGGGCUGCAUGGCUGUGUGUGUGUGUGUUACUCUGAGUCAGCUGGUGUGUUUACAGCAGGUCUGUUGAUCAGUGGAGACUCAUGCUGGACUCUGAAACCUGAAACUGAGGGAGGAGAAACAUCAAGAAUCAGACAAAGACUGCAGAGACUUUCCCUUCACACAACAGCACACUUACAGACGGAGACACACACACACACACACAGAGAGAGAGAGAGAGAGAGAGAGACGCUGCUCAAUGUGUAAAGAAUGCAGGUUUGAGGCUGAGAGAGACAGAAGGAGAGCGAGAUCCAGAGACAAACAAAGAGACGCAGAGAAACAGACAGAGUGUGUGUGUGUGCGUGUGAGGAGGGCAGUGAGUGUAGUGUAGUGUAGUGUAGUGUAGUGUAGUGUAGUGUAGUGUGUUGAGACAGUAAAGCGAGUAAGCACAGCUCCUCCACACUCCAGCAUGAGUUCUUCAGUGUGUCUGCACUCUUCACACUCCAGCAUCUGUCUGAGCUUCAUCAUCAUCAUCAUCAUCACCCUGCUGGAACACUGCUCCGCCUGGCCCUACGACUACAGGUUUGUGCCGAGCUGGUGUCCGGGGCCGGAGUGGAGUGUGUUGUGUCGGGGCUGCUGUGAGUAUGAUGUGAUCCGCUGUAAGUGCCCUCUGCAGGGGGCGCCGGUGGGCUACGCUGUGCCCUGCUGCCGCAACGCUGCCGAUGAGUGUGACCCCUGCACCAUACACCCCGGCUGCAGCAUCUUCGAGAACUGCAAGCGCUGUAAUAACGGCACCUGGGCCCCGAGGGACGACUUCUUCCUGAAGGGUCAGUACUGCGCCGAGUGCCGGCCGGGGUGGUCUGGAGGAGACUGCAUGACGUGUGGAGGGCUGAUCCACAAGCGGCAGGGGCACCUGGUGUUGGAGAGUUACCCGAACAACGCCCGCUGUGAAUGGACACUGAGAGUCGACCGACCAUACACUAUUGACCUCAGGUUCAUGAUGCUCAGUCUGGAGUUUGACCACAGCUGUCAGUACGACUAUGUGGAGGUGAGGGACGGAGACAGCCUGAACUCUCGCCUGAUUGGUCGAUACUGUGGAAACGAGCGGCCUCCUCCAAUCAGGAGCUCUGGGAGUUCCCUGCACCUGCUGUUCGUCUCAGAUGGAUAUAAACACUUCGAUGGGUUGUUUGCCAUCUUCCAGGAGAGCUCAGAGUGCAUAUCCUCUCCGUGUCUGCAUGACGGCACCUGUGUGGUGGACUCCUCGCGCUCCUACCACUGCGCCUGCCUGGCCGGGUACACCGGAAAGAGGUGUGAACAUGUGCUGGAGUGCAGAAGGCCUUUGAUUCCAGCUCACGGCUCUAUGAGGCAUCUGGACGAGCGGGUCGGAGGUCAUGUUGUGUUCCAGUGUGAACCGGGACACACUUUAAAGGGUUUCCGCAUUUCCACCUGUCUGCUGGACGGCUCAUGGAGCUCGCCAACUCCACAGUGUGUGCCUUUCCAAAACUGCGGCAUUCCUCCAAAGCCAGAGAACGGAGACCACUUCCUGGUUUAUGGACCAAACGAUGUGCUUAUUGCUAUACAGUAUUUCUGCUAUAAGCAGUAUAAGCUGAAGGGAGCCCCUCAGAGAACUUGCCUGGGAAACAACACCUGGAGCGGGACGGCACCAACCUGCAUCACAGAGCCGGAUGUGAUUCCUACAGCAGAUCAUGAGCAAGACAAAGGCAAAGUCAAACCCUCUGGAGCAGACGAUGUGGGCGAUGCCAAGAACAAAACCUCACAGGAAGAAGAAAACGAGUCCAAACCAGAUAAAGAUAUCAAAGCACAGAAGCCCACCGCAGGAAAGGGCUACGAUCUAGUGUUGGGAAAAGACGUGGAGAAAGAAAUCGUCAGUAUAUUUGUGAAAGAAAAGCCUAAAGCUGAAUAUAAGGAGAGCGACAGCAGCAUCAACACCAUUGAAAAGAAAGAUCCUGGAGAGGAUAAAGACACUCUUAAAGUCCUCGGUAAAGAUGAACAUCUCCACAUCGAAGAGAAAGUCGUAACUCCAAGCAGAGAUGUGGAAUUAGUAGAUAUUGUGUUGAUAGACAAUCAGAUGGAGAACAAAACCACAGAUGAUAACACAGGGAGAGAAUAUACAAUAUCCAGACUGAAUGAAGACAGGAAAGAAAACCUUCUCAAUGAAGUAGACGUCACACAGCAAGAGAAUAACACUGGAUUCUUCGACAGCAAUGACAUCGAUGAAAAUGCAGACACGCCGCGGCUGAAGCAAACUGAAGAACCUCCAUCACCCACUGCUGUUCACUACAGCACAGAAACCACAACCACAGCCAGCAGAAGCACAGCGAGAGCCGCGGUUAAACCUGCUCUUCAGGAGGAUCCACAACAUGUAGAGACAGCAGAUGUACAGCAAGAACCCACAGCAGAGUCUCCGCCAACCGCACAGAAUGAAGCAGGUGAAGUGACUCCGUGUCCUCCACCGCCUCCGCUGUAUCACGGUUUCUCUGAGCGAGUGUCUGGUGUGCGUCCUGAAACUCUGCGCUUCUUCUGUAAUCAGUCGUACGCUCUGGUCGGCAGCGACCGCAGAACCUGUCAGGCUGACGGCAGCUGGUCUGGAGCUCAACCCGUCUGCAUUAGAGCUUGUCGAGAGCCGAAAGUCUCUGUUCUGGUCAGACAGAAAGUUCUUCCUCCUCACGUCCCGUCCAGGAAGACUCCAGUGCACAAGUUUUACUCUUCCUCCGUGUCGACUGUCUUCCUGAAGGAUGUGCGUGCGACGCAGAGCCCGCUGAGUUUACCCACGCUCCCGCAGGGUUUCCACCAUCUGUACACACACAUCGAGUACGAGUGCGCGUCUCAGUAUUACCAGCACUCGGGCAGCUCCCGCAGAACCUGCCUAAAGAUGGGCAAGUGGAGCGGACGCCACGUCUCCUGCUCUCCAGUGUGUGGGAAGCUAUCGUCCUUCGACCCUCAGAAACCGGAGCAGACGCAGUGGCCUUGGCUAGCCUCCAUCUACAGACGUCCAGCAGGGAAGCUGAAGCUGAAGAGCGGGAAGGAGGAUCAGGCGGAGGAUCAGGCGGAGGACGGGUGGCAGCUGGUCUGCAGUGGAGCUCUGGUCAACCAGCGCAGUGUGGUGGUCGCUGCUCACUGCGUCACGGAACUGGGGAAAACACACCCGCUGGACCCACACACACUCAGAGUCACGCUGGGGAAACACUACCGCAGCGAGCGCAGACACACUAAAGGCCUGCAGACUGUACGGGUUUCCUCCAUCGCUCUGCAUCCGACCUUCGACCCUCUGGUCCUGGACUCAGACGUUGCGGUGCUGAAGCUGCUGGAUAAGGCUCGUAUCGGAGAGCACGUGGUGCCGGUGUGCCUGCCGGACCCUCAGCUGACUGCAGACCAGGGUUUGGUGACCGGCUGGUCUCUGGAACCAGAUCCCGCGGAUGCAGACGGGGAGCGGGCGCGGGUGGGUCACGUGUUGAUGGGGGAUACGGUGCAGUGUGAGCAGCAGUACGCCAGCCACGGCCUGCCCAUCAGUGUGUCUGAAAACAUGCUGUGCGGACGGCAAGCGGAGCGCUCCAACAUCUGCCCUGCCGACACCGGGGGGAUCCUGCUGUCCCCGGCCGGCUCCGCACACACCCCGCAGCACUGGACGCUCCUCGGGCUGGUCAGCUUCGGGUUCGAGUCUUCAGUCUGCAGCUCAGAGCUCUACACCGUCUACACACACAUUGCCAACUUCGUCAGCUUCAUAGAGGCCAACAUGACAUGAAGAGCAGCCGUACUGACACGGUCCAAAUCAAAAUGAUCCUGAAAAUACAUGUAGGAGAAUAACUCAACUGUAUAUAGACUCAAACACACUGGACGGUGCAGUGCACGGAUGAUAAUCCCUAAAUAAUACAAAGGAAAUAAUCCAGACAGGAGAUGAACGAGCAGCACUUUCUGUGAGCUGGACAUCAGUUUCUCAGGUUUUAUAAAAUGAGGCACUUCUAAUCUGUAAAUGUACAGAAGCUGUACUGUUGUAUUUACCAUUGUUAGUGUUAUCUAAAGGUGUAUAUAUUUACAGUAUUAUAUGUAUAUUAACAUGUAUAUUCAGCGGGGCAAUAGGAAUCUCAACUCGUGGACUGCAGAGACAUUCGGUGCAUUCCAAACGGGAUAUAUCACCCUCUGAAGGGCACUUCAGAGUGAA